AUGCACCUUGCUCAUCGCCAGCUCAUGUCUGACUACGAUAAAUUGAUAUACAUGAGCACCUGGCUUGAGGAUGGCUCUCCGAAGUUGUGGUUUUGGGUGAUUGAAAAGACCAAGCCCCAGCCUUUUCAUGACCAUGCCACCCUUAUCGAGGAAUUUCAUGCGCAUUUUGGUGACUCUGACUUCGUCAAUAGCCAGAUGAACAAGAUCAAGAAGCUUGUUCAACGCUCGUCUGCUGCCAAAUAUGCCUCCUCAUUUCAUGAAAUCCUCAUCCACCUCCCUAUCCAUGAUGACCUGAUCAAGAUCAAUAUAUUCAAAAAGGGCCUCAAAGAUGACUCACCUACCGAUUUUGAUGACUACGUUGUGCAGGUGAUUACCUUCAACAACCAUAUCUAUGCACGUGCUCAGGGACUCAACAUUGAUCGAAAAAAUGUCAUGACUAUUUUAUCUGUCCUAGCUACUACUCGUCAGCAUCAUGUCUCUACCACACCAUACAUGCUGGCCUCGAUGGACCCUGUUUCUAUGGACGUCGAUGCUGUCCAUCAUCACAGCCCACUGUCAGACGCGGAAAGGCAACAUCAUCGUACCCUGGGUUUGUGUGGAUACUGCGGCAGCAAGCAUGACAUCAAGUCUUGCACUAUCCUUGCAAAGCACAAUACUGCAUCUGCUUUGUCUGGUUUUUCCCAGCUGGGAAAAGCCAAGCUGGGGGCUCACUGA